UGCCCCAGCUCCGCUGACUGUCGCCGGCGCUCCCGCCCCCGACACGCGUCCUCAGCGCCCCGGGAUCGUUCCAGCGGCCCAUCGCGCCCUGGGAUCGUGCCGGCGGCCGCCGCGCCCCGAGAUCUAUCCAACCGCCCUGCGCAGCCCUCUCUGCCUCCCAGGAGCGCCUGCCGGUGCGCCCUGCUCGCCGCUCCCCGGGACUUUCGGGGGGCCCGCCCGCCCUGCACCCUGGAGCACCGGGCCGCGAGCCUCUGCCAACUCCUCUGGUUCUUCGCGGCCGUGGGCAGCGGCUGCGGUGCCUGUCCGCCCGAAGGAGGACCCACACUGCUGCAUUUACACUAUAACUCUGGCUGUACCGCCCACCCCUUGGGUAACACGGGCAUCCCAGGAAGAUGGCAGACGAAGACCUCAUUUUUCGCCUGGAAGGUGUUGAUGGCGGCCAGACCCCCCGGGCUGGUCACGACGGUGAUUCCGAGGCCGACAGCGACGAUGAGGAAAGUUACUUCAUCUGCCCCAUCACUGAUGACCCUAGGUCACACCAGAAUGUCAAUUCCAAAGUUAAUAACUACUACAGCAACCUAACGAAGAGCGAGCAGUAUGGCUCCAGUGGGUCCCCAGCAAGCUCCUUCCACUUUAAGGAAGCUUGGAAGCAUGCAAUUGAGAAGGCCAAGCACAUGCCUGACCCCUGGGCCGAGUUCCACCUGGAGGAUAUUGCCACAGAAUGUGCCACACGUCACAGGUACAAUGCUGUCACUGGGGAGUGGCUACAAGAUGAAGUUCUGAUCAAGAUGGCAUCUCAGCCCUUUGGCCGUGGAGCUAUGAGGGAGUGCUUCAGGACGAAGAAGCUCUCCAACUUCCUGCACACCCAGCAGUGGAAGGGGGCCUCCAACUACGUGGCAAAGCGCUACAUCGAGUCUGUGGACAGGGACGUGUACUUCGAGGAUGUGCGUCUACAGAUGGAGGCCAAGCUCUGGGGAGAGGAGUAUAAUCGGCACAAGCCCCCCAAGCAGGUGGACAUCAUGCAGAUGUGCGUGGUGGAGCUGAAGGACAGACCGGGCGAGCCUCUCUUCCACCUGGAGCACUAUAUCGAGGGCAAGUACAUCAAGUACAACUCCAACUCGGGCUUUGUCCGUGAUGACAACAUGCGCCUGACGCCACAGGCCUUCAGCCACUUCACAUUUGAGCGUUCCGGGCAUCAGCUGAUUGUGGUGGACAUCCAGGGUGUGGGCGACCUCUACACCGACCCGCAGAUCCACACCGAGAAAGGCACUGACUUUGGAGAUGGCAACCUAGGUGUCCGGGGGAUGGCGCUCUUCUUCUACUCUCAUGCCUGCAACCGGAUUUGCAAGAGCAUGGGCCUCGCUGCCUUUGACCUCUCACCAAGAGAGAGGGACACUGUGAAUCAGAACACCAAGCUGCUGCAAUCAGCCAAGACCAUCUUGAGGGGGACAGAGGAGAAGUGUGGGAGCCCCCGAGUAAGGACCCUCUCUGGGAGUCGCCCCCCCCUGCUCCUUCGCCUUUCAGAAAACUCUGGAGAUGAGAACAUGAGUGACGUGACCUUUGACUCUCUCCCUUCUUCCCCGUCUUCGGCCACACCACACAGCCAGAAACUGGACCACCUCCAUUGGCCUGUGUUCAGUGACCUUGACAACAUGGUACCCCGAGACCAUGACCAUCUGGACAAUCACCGGGACUCUGAGAACAGUGGGGACAGCGGAUACCCCAGUGAGAAGCGGGGUGAGCUGGAUGACCCAGAGCCCCGAGAACAUGGCCACUCAAACGGUAACCGGAGGUACGAGUCUGACGAAGACAGCCUGGGCAGCUCCGGACGGGUGUGCGUGGACAAGUGGAAUCUCCUCAACCCCUCCCGCCUCCACCUGCCCAGACCUUCCGCCGUGGCCCUGGAAGUGCAAAGGCUUAACGCUCUGGACCUUGAAAAAAAAAUCGGGAAGUCCAUUCUGGGGAAGGUCCAUCUGGCCAUGGUGCGCUACCACGAGGGCGGGCGCUUCUGCGAGAAGGACGAGGACUGGGACCGCGAGUCGGCCGUCUUCCAUCUGGAGCACGCGGCCGACCUGGGCGAGCUGGAGGCCAUCGUGGCCCUGGGACUCAUGUGCUCACAGCUGCCCCACCACAUCCUGGCCGACGUCUCUCUGAAGGAAACAGAAGAGAAUAGAACUAAAGGAUUCGAUUACUUACUGAAGGCAGCUGAAGCUGGCGACAGACAGUCCAUGAUCCUGGUGGCUCGGGCUUUUGACACUGGCCAGAACCUCAGCCCAGACAGGUACCGUGGCUGUCGCUCAAGUGGAGCUGGUGGGAACCUGGGCCACAGGCGGGGACUUCCCCCUCAGUAUCAGCACAGACCCAGGUUCCAGGCUCAGUUCCCCCGGGCCCAGUCCCCUACUGUGGACAAGUUAUUUCACUUGUGGACAAGUGAUCUCAGUGUCUUCAUUGUGUGAAAUGGGGAUAAUUAUAUAACCUGCAUUCCAGGGUGGUUAUGUGAGGGUUCAUUGACAUGAUGCCUGUAAUCCUCCCCGAGCCUGGCAGAUAAAGCAGGGACAUCCCAGCCAUUCUGCCAAGAGAUUUGCUUUAGGUCCAGAGUGGUUGUCCCUAGAUGUUAGGAUUAUGGGUGACUUUAGUUUCCUCUUUCUACUUUUAUUUUUGUGAUGUUAUUUUUCACUUCUGAGAGGGAGAGCAGGAAAGGAAGCAAGAUCCCAUGGAGAUUCAGGCCUGGUAUGAGUUUCCAGAGUGGCUCUGAGUCUCCUGAAGGCUCCCCCGCUGCAGGUGCCAGCACUUUCCCAGCUGUCCCUCCGGCUGCGGUGCCAAGACUGGUUUCUGCAGUGGAGGGCAGGAGGUGUGGCCCCGCUUCAUCUCCUCUCCUUGGCUUAGCCAGUGGGAAGUCCCAGAAGUCCCAACGGUGGAGAUCCUUUGAAGGAGUUCAACUCGUAAUGUGACCCCUUGCUCAGCCUCUGGCUCCCACUGGAUCUCAGCUGUUCCUGCUGUCCUCAGGGGCCCGUGGCUUUCUGGAUGGGAGCAGGGUGGGCACUAUGAUUAUCUAAACCUGCAGGGUUGGAGCAGCCUGGAAGUUUCUUCCUCUUUGGGUCGAGGUCUCAUCUUUUCUGGCUUCCUUUAAGGAAGGUCAGGACUGUGGCUGCAUCGUAUCAAGCUCUCAGUGUCUAAAAUGUCUCCAUUUGUGACAUCUCACCUCUACUACAUAUCAUGCGUCCACAAUUUUAUCAGAUACCUAGUGUGACAAUCACGUCCCCUUCUUUUUCGACUGUACCU